UCUAAAUGAAACGAAAAAAGCAAAUGUUACUACUGAUCUUUCAUCCUCCACUACCAUUGCCUCUACUGUUGCUGUUAACAAUGACAAUACUUGUUUUACACCUUCUCUGUUGUCAGAUUUUGGCAGUAUGAAUCCUUUAUAUGUUAGUGAUUCUACGAUUUCUCCCUUGCAAUCUCCAUUACCACAAUCAAUUAUUGCUGCUACCACUGUUACUUCAAUUACUGGUCAUCAGGAAAUAACAGAAUUGCAAACAACAACAACAGAGAUAUCAUCAUCACAAGAAACUAUUAAUGAGACAAGAUCAUCACUUUCAUUAAAUGAAGAAAUUGAUGACGAAUACAAAUCGUUGCAACAAUGGAAACUAAGAAAUAUAGAGAAAUUGAUUCAUGGAGUAAAUUAUCCUACAAAAGAAAAUAUACAAAGUUUGCUGAAUAUUUUAUCUGUUUUUUAUUUUGAGGGACAAAACAAAAACCAAGAUCUCUUGACAGAUCAUGAAUUUAGUGAAUUGAAAUCUCAUAUGAUGUCUAAAUUUGAAUUUAUUGGAAUCACAGAGGAAAUUAAACAAUUUGUUACAGAUAAUAAGAGGAAAUUUAAGAUGGAUAGUAUAGAUGAAAUACAACAGAUUAUAAUUAGAGAACAUGAAUAUGUUCUUUGGGAUAGUACUUCAAACUUAGAGAAAAGCCCUGAACCAAUGUACAUCAUUAAUCAAAUUGGACCAAUAUUCAAUAGUACAAUAAAUUUUUUUAAUUAUAUAACUUCAUUCUCAUGGAUCUCAGUUCAAUCAAAACCCUCAAAGGAAAGACAAGGUGGAUGUAAUGGUCCUUGCAAACAAAAUUGCAAAAUAAAACCAUAUUGGGAUAUUUACAGGGCAGGGAUCCAUGCAAAAGAUGCUAUUGAUAUAAGAAAAAAUAAGAGUUUAAAACCAGAUGAAACAAAAAAAAUCAUCAUUCUUAUUAAUGGUUUUAAUUUAUGUGUAUUUAUUAUGGAACUUUAUAUGCCUGGUUGUUUCUAUAAUUGUACCUUUAAAAUUUUGAUAUCUAUUUUAAAAAUAUGUCAACUGACACAAAAUUUAAAUCUACAAGAAAAUGCCAUAAGUUAUUUAGAAGAUUCCUAUACAACACCUCCCCAUCAAGUUUAUAGUGAGUGGUUAUGCCCAACAGCAGGCACACCCUUUAAAAAUCCUAAUUUAAGAAUUACCCAAGAAGUUGCUCAAAUUUAA